AUAUACUUAGUACUUCUAACUGGGAGGUGUGGUUGGCUUUUGGGAGGUGUGGUUGGCUUUGGUGAACAUCACAAGGGCCUCAAGAUAUAUAUUGCGUCUUUACCCUCAGAUUCCCGACCGAACCAAACAAGCACACUUUUGUCCCAUUCUCAUUGCAUUCACUGUAUAUCCAUUCUUCCCAGUUGAUUCUACCGCAUGAAUUACGGCCCCUACGUUGCGAGGGUUGCAUUGGUUUUCAUAUCAAACCCUCCUUCCGAGUUUUCUAAUGAAUUUCUCCUCCCAAACACACUGAGCUCGUUAGCUAUUGCAGCUUGAGAAGGUAUUGUUUGAGUUUCACGGUGCCGAUCACACUCCAUCCAUAUGCAAUACGGAAGGGAUGGAGCUACAAAAACCGCCGAUACCGCCGACUGUACCCGACGACGAAGAACGGAAAAGAAGAGCAUUUGCCGACGUCGACGAAUUUACGGUAACAACACAUGAGCGUUCGCUUUGUAAGAAGACCAAAGCCGAGCGAGAACGCGCGUGGCGUCUAUGGAAUAGAUUUGUCACAGAUGUGUUACAAUUAACACAAAAAGAGGCUGAUAAGAUUUGGUUUGGCGUGUGCCAAAACAAGAAAAAGUCCAUUGCUAUCUGCAAGAGCUUUCUGGCCGACUAUACACGCUAUGCAAGAUGCAGGCGUCUGUAUAUAGACGGUACCGAGGAACAGAAGCAGGUACGAACAGUUCAAUCAGUAGUGACUAUUAUUGCUUUAUGGAAGCAUAUAGUAGCUCAAGCUGAUGCUGUAGUGCUCGCGAAGAGAAGGGAUCAAGAUUCAAAUGAAGAUUCAGACGAAGAUUCCGAACAAUGGACAUUGCUUGGCAACCGUGGGAAGGCCCGUGAAGAGGUUAUCCAGUGGAUCCAAUCAACUCUUGCACAAAAGUUCAACCUUUCAUGCAAACAAACAUUUGAGAAAACCGAAGCCACAACAGACGAUGUUCUGCUUAUUCUUAGCACUUUGUGGGAACGCGCGGUCGAUAUACCUUGUGAUCCUAGACAUCGGGUUGCCUUUCAUACAUUGGUGCUUAUAGGAAGCAUUGGCUUUCGGCCCGGCACUUAUGAGAACAUGCUUUAUCGACAAGUCAAGCUACUUGUCGUUCGCGAUCCGGAUACAAAGGAACCAAGGCUUAUUGCUCAGAUAACGAUCAAUCAAAACAAGCUAUCGGUUAAUAAAAUUGAUAAGGGGGCAGAUGUGGUGAUCUUUUCUGCUACUAUGGUACCAUGCCAGAUCCUUUGCUUAGUUACGUUUGUAGCUAUUCAAGCUCUACAGGAUGAUGCCUUCGAAACAGAGUUUUCAUCCUUCGACGAAUUACUUCAGCGUCCAAACUUGGAAGAUGUUGAUUGCAUUGAACUUAGGUGGAAGGAUGGGAUGCAGGAAAAGCCUAUCUUUCCCUUAAAGUACUACAAAUUUCUGGAACUUUGGAACCGGACAUGGUUGGUAGCGGGGAACAGAACUCCUCUCCGCCCCUAUGCGCUGCGAAUCGGCGGUGGAAAUAAAAUUGAUGGUUCCCUUACAUCCGCUAUUCGAAACCACAUCCUGAGCCAUAACACACAAACGUUCGAAACCUCUUACCAAGCGAGGCAUAUUCCACACAAUUUGAUGUCAUUCGUUUUCGAUAGUACAUCUGAAGACGAUUCCAAGCUAUUCAAGCUACUGGCCUCCGCAUCCUUGCGUAGGGAUGACAAAGCACCGCUUUAUCCGACAGCAGCUACGCUAGAAACGUUUGAAAAUCGCGAGGAUAUGAAAGCACUUCGCGCACAGCGUCGUCAUCUCCGGGAAGAGCUCCAACUCUCUGCAGACAAUAGAGAGGUAAAGCAACUUUCCGCAAAAAUUGGAGAUUUACGGACGGUAUUGUCAAACUUGGCUGUCAAGCAGGCUCGAGAAAACUACUUCGCUAAAGUUGAUUCCCUUAGGGCUCGCGGCCUGUCAACCGAAGAUAUGCCAGCCCCCCCUCCAAAUCCUUUCAGAUGCUCCUUCGGUCCCAGUUUACCUGCAGCAACAAUCAUUGGUCGAUACUUGAACCCCAAAGAUCCGGUUUCCGACACCGCUACGAAAAUGCUUUUUCCAAAUUCGACCGACAGUGGUUCUGACCAAACUACCCAAAAGCGGCUUGCAGUACCGGAAAUGCUUUUUGCGUAUCUGAAUGAUAGGUACGGAGAAGUAGAAGGGAUUGCUCAGGAAAUGGAGCAAACAGCCUCCGAACAUAAGAAAGCAGCUUCCACGCUCUCUACAUGUCUUCUCUGCCUACAAAGCUUCACUCGUCGACGUAACCUCAGUAGACACCAUCGGAGCGUCCAUUUCACGGCAACGACCUUUGAACCUUUCUCAUGCCCCGAAUGUCAGCGGCAAGGAAAGGAGGAGUAUAGAAUCGAGAGGGCAUCGGAGUGGAGUAACCAUGUCGAAAGAGUACAUGGUUCCAUCAAUACUCCGGAUCUCUUCACUACGCCAAUCGUCAAACCCACAUCAAUGGCUACAACUACCAAGUCGAAAUCCGCUCCUUGUUUAAGAUGCGGCCAAUUGUUCUAUGCCGGAAACAGUUUGUCAAGGCAUAUGAAUAAGUAUCACAGAAUCGUAGAGCCAUUCGAUUGUCCAGAAUGUAAGAGAGAAGGGGAGAAUAUCCAGAUUAAUGACCUCGCUUCGUGGCUUACACAUACGUUGGAUGUUCACGGUUGUAAUGGGCAAACAGGAGUGGUUAUUGAUAAGGUUGAAUUUGGCGUGCUCUUCUACUCUCCUAACGUAGUCCCUCUGACUAAACUAGACUGGCCUCGCCGGCUUAGCUGUCACAUUGACCCUUUUGGUAGUUAUUUACGUAGCAGAAAUAUUUACUUAGUUAACUCCAGAAAACUAUAAAGUCUUAUCCUCCAUAAAGAAUUGGAUAUUUCUUAGGUUUAAUAGAGACGUUUAAUUCGCGGAUUGGUUGGAAGGGGCGAACGAAGUUGAAGCAAAACUGGAGACCUAGUAAGUGAGCUGGGCCCACUCCGGUUUGGAAAACCAAGCCGCUGACAAAAGGAAACACAUGACCAGUAG